UGGACGUGAAUUGCUUAGAGCUUAAAGAUCUUCUUAGUACUGCAGAUUUUUUUCGAAUAAUGGCAAACCAAAUUCAAUUAGGUAUUUUUCAGUAUCUAUUCUCGAAAAAAUUGUGUAAAAGUGAUACAGAUAAGCUAUGCAGGAUCAUAAUUGGCAGAGGAAAUGUGCACGCAUAUAUUCUGCCCAGGUUUACAAGCGAACAGAGAGACGACAUUCAUAAGGGAACAGAACAUGAGCUGCGAUGUUUGGACAUUGAUUCAAAUAUGAAGGAGAGCUUUAAGUUUAAGUUCUUAAAAAGCAGCAAGUGUUAUGAGUUGAAGAGUGGGUGGAGUAGAUUUGUAGAGCGGAGACAACUGAAAGUAGGUGAUGUCUUACAUUUUUAUACAAGAAUUGAUACCAAUGAACUAUGUAUAAGAGUAGAACAAGACAUCGACCUUGAACUGAGGCUUGGUUCUUCAAAUGCAGUGUGUGGGAAAAAGAUAAAAAAACCAGAGAAGCUGUAUGGUGAAGGGUCACAGAAGUUAAGGAAGUUGAAACAUGAACAGAGACCAUUAUCCUCAGAGUUGGAUGGUGAAGAGUCAAAAAAGCGAAAGGAGAUCGACCUCGAACUGAGAAUCUCCUCCUCAGAGGCAUCAUGCUCUAAAGAGUUUUAAAAGCUGAAGAACAUGGACUCUCCUCCAUGAAAUGUAAAUGAUGUGUUCUAAGCAAGUAACAAAACUAAAUUAGUCUGUAGAGCCAAAUUUAUAUUUAUUAUUCUCUCAGUUGGUAUCUUUUCAAUGUAUUUAGUACAUUAUUUGAUUUCCUUUUCCUGCUUUUUGGGCAGAAGGGACGGGGAAUUGUCAUGAAUUGUGUCAAUUCAUUAAUGAUUUAAUCAUUCUUUGACAAUUUUGUAAACAUGAGGGCAGAAAUAUUUCAAUGUAUAUGAAAUGUUGAGCACACUUGUGCCACAAAAUUUUCUUCAAUAUGAUUGGUGUGCAACACGCUCACU